AUGGCCGAAGACACCAACGCCGGUAAGACCAACACAAAGCAACCCAUCACAGCAGAAACUGACCAACGCAAAGCCUGGCCCAUCGCCGAUGAGGCGCUCUCCCAGCAGCUCCUCGACCUCGUCCAGUCGGCCACCCACUACCGCCAGCUGAAGAAGGGUGCCAACGAGACCACCAAGACUCUCAACCGCGGUACCUCCGAGCUCGUCAUUCUCGCUGCCGACACCACGCCCCUCCCCAUCAUCCUGCACCUCCCUCUCCUCUGCGAGGACAAGAACGUCCCCUACGUCUACGUGCCCAGCAAGCUCGCCCUGGGCCGUGCGACCGGUGUUUCCCGCCCCGUCAUCGCCACCAGCAUCACCACCAACGAGGCCAGUGACCUGAUGCCCCAGAUCCGCGCCAUCAAGGUUCAGGUUGAGCGUCUGAUGAUCUAG